AUGCAUUACCCUUUCGAAUAUGACCAAGAUCAAGAUGGGAGAUUAGUUUAUAUUUUGGGUUCUUGUAAUGGCGCGAUUUGUUUAGCUACUUCCGGUCGUCCAUUUGAUAUUGAUUAUAGACUUUGCAUUUGGAACCCAUUAACUAGAGAGUACAAGAGAAUACUAGCAAACGUUGAUGUCAAAGAUCGUUGUCUAAGGUGUGGGUUUGGUUAUGAUAGUAACAAUGAGGAUUACAGGUUUGUAAGAAUUUUUGACGAUCUUGAAAGAACUGGUUAUUUUAAAGCUCAAGUCUAUAACUUAAAAUCAGAUUCAUGGACUAUUCAAUCCAUCCCUUAUUUGUUUCCCUUUGGUGGAACCCUAUGUCCGAGCGUGCUUUCCGAUGGAGCUCUUCAUUGGUUAGGUGUUACCACCACAAAAGAAACUAACUCGGAAAUUAUUGUGUCUUUCGAUAUCAGCAAUGAGAGAUUCAUAGAUGUAAUUGGGAUGCCAAAUCUUUGA